AUGAGUUGUCGAAUUACUAGUACACAAAUCACUCCCGGUCCGUCAAAUAGUUCUGGAAAUAAGCAAAGGCUUGAUGACGAAAAUCAAACAAAUGAUGAUCAAAACAACCCCUAUCCGCACACAGAUUCAGAUGAUGACGACAGUUCUGAUGGCGACCUUACACAACAGGAUAUCCUGGAUCGUAAAAGGAUGAAGGCCGCAAAUCUGAAGGUUCUUACUGAUAUUAGACACCGGGAUGAAGGUAUUGGGAAAAUAGCUGGUUCUCACCGGGUUCCCAAAGCGGCAACGCCUCUAGCAAGGGCUAUCCAGGAAUUCACUCGCAUGCUGAUGGGGAUUCCGCGCAAAGGAAGAGGAUCUUCGGCUUUGGAAGAUGCUGGGGUACCAAAGCUUCCUGACCCUCCGUCCGAAGAGGAGCGCAACGCUUGGCAAACUCGAAAACAACAAAAGAAGGUGGUCGAAAAAGAUGCUGCAGAAAUGGAAGCUCUGAAAAAACCAAUGGAACCAGUCAUCUUCACUUCACGCAUGUUGUCAAAUGCUCGAACUCGAUAUCCUUAUCAUUUCAUAUCUCAAUGUGAAGCUACUUUAUCUAUGGCGGGUUUUCCUAGAUGUACCUUUGACUGGGGAGCACCAUACGAUUCGCCUUGGAAUUCUGCAACUUCUACAAUCAUACUGUCUCAUUGGGUCAAAGCCUACGAUGCCAACGGCGCAAAAGAGUUUGGUAUCCUUGUCAAGGAUAAUACCGCUGCAAACCGCGAAGAAGUUCUCCGACGCUGGUGUGCCGGCAAGGCUUCAGGAUAUUGUGAACAAACUCGAAAUUGUGAGUUGAUGAAGACUCCAGCGGGUCAGAAAACUCUUGAAGAGAAGAUCGUCAGGACUCAAAGUGUCACAAACAAGAGGCUCAACAAAACAAAGAUUUACGAUGCAAGGUUGGAAAAUGCGGCCAGAUUGUUUGGCCGAGAUUCGCCCGAGUUCAUGAUGUUGUCUCAUCAAGACAUCCAUUCGGAUGAUGAACUGGUCGCAACCAAUUCUUGCGGCUCUCGUCAAAAGUUGAGGCUCGAAUGGCGGAGUUCCGAACUCGAUACUCUCAUUAGUCUACUUGACCAGGCCCAUUGGAAGCGCAAAAGGAUUCCAAAAGACAUUAGGAAUGCGAAACAACUGGUCGAAAGGGGUGUAUAUGCCCCCGAUGCUGACAAAGAUUGGUUCCCUCCGAAAGGGUUUCAAUUGUCACUCAUUUCGCCGGAAUGGUAUGACCUGCAGGAAGGUUUGAGAAUAGAAGAAUUGCAAUUGAAUGAGGACAACCCUGUCAAUAUUAGACAAGCGAUUGAGGAUGUGAUGAGGUCUUUCAGAUCAAGGGCGAAUUUGGCUGCUGAAGAUGCAAGGCAAAGUGGGUCAAAUAUGAUGUCAGCAGAAAACUUCUGCUAUUGA